GAAGAACAAUUGCUGAGGGAAACUGAUCACGAAACAAUUCUUAACACCCUUCUUCAAAAUCCCAUAGAACUGAACUUAAAAGAGAAGCCUUCAGCCAUAAGGGAAAACAAACUUUUCACCCUAGACAUGAGGGAAAUCCCCAUAUCCUCAGUGGAAGCAGAAGAUAAUGGUGCAUAUAUAUCAAAAGGUAAUGCCAAGAGACUAUUCCAGUACAAUAGCGAAGGUUCCCGCACAGUUCACAAAAAUGAGAACGGAGCAUUUUAUGCAAACGUCAAAACCUCUAAAGGCUACAGAAAGGAGUAUAUCCCUGAAAGUGAAGUUUAUGAACUGACGAGGUAUUACAAGACCAGCAAGUUCAAUCCCGAGUUUUCACGUACAAUUGCCACCGUCAAGGCCAUAACAGACAAGGAACUCAAACCCUUUUACCUUGUUCUGUACAAAUGGGCCAGAGGAGAAAGUAAAGAAUUCUUUCUUCCGCGCCAUGGGAACGCCAAAAAGCCGACUUCAUCGGCAUAUUUUCGCAAAGACCCUUGCACAUCUACAGCCAUAGAUAACUUGUUGAAUGAGGGUAUGCCUACAGAUACAGUUAAUAAUACCUUGAUCAAGGAAAAGACAACCACCGUCAGCGAGACAAUACCAGGCCUAAAGAUGUUUGAGAAUAGAAAAUACAAGAAUAUGAAGGCCACAUCAACCAAGACAACACUGAAGCGUAAUGAAGCGGAAACACUGAUAACAAGUUUGCAUACUCUGCCUCUCAACAGCAGUGUUACCUUUACAAAAGAACAAUAUAUCUCAGUCAACUCGUCUCCCAACAUGCUGAAUGACAUACAUCGAUUCUGCGUUCUUGGAAACAGUAUUCUGAGAAUCGAUACCAAUUUUGAGUUGGUCGAUGGCCUAUGGCUAACAGAUACUACAUACGCGAACGAGUCCUUAAUCGACCAGAGCAACAAGCAUCCUGAAUUCCCAGGUCCAAGCUUCUGGCAUUUCAAGAAGAGUCGAGAGAGUUAUCGAAGAUUCGCUGGUGAACUCACCAUUGCUAAACCAGAAUUGUUAGGAAUAAAGAAGAUUGGCCAUGAUCUUGACAAAGCUAUUGCUGGUGGUAUGACUGACAUCUUGAAGGAUGCAGACAAUGUUUGGUGUACGCAGCAUAGUCAGGAACGUGACGCCCUCAAACUUAAAUCCCUUGGCGCAAAUGAAAGAUCAAGGAACAGAAUCAUGACUGACAUCUAUGGGUCCCAGGAUGAUGUCCUACUACACAAUGGCUUGGCAGACGCAGAUGACCCAGAGGACUUCCAAAUUAAAUUGGCACGUUUGGAGACUGUCUGGGAGAGCUUGGUGCCGGGGUUCCACCGAUGGUUUACAAAGCAUAGGUCGGAACAAUUCAAGACUUGUCUUGUCCUAUCUGCCCGUCAGAAUCUGGGUAUAACUGGUAGGUUCUACACCAAUGGUUUAGAACUCAAACACCGACUUCAGAAAAAACGUCUUCGAGAAGAUGAGAUUCCAGAGGAGGUCGCCAAUGUCACAUCAAUGCUGGAGAAGUGGACAACGGAAUUCUACCUUGAGGAAGAAAGGGCUGUUUGUGGUUUGGGAAAGUAUAGGCUUUCUCUUGGGUACGAACAGUUUCAAGUCGAUCCAGUGAAGUGGAACAGGUGGAGCCUAGAAAGGCAAGCUCAACACCUAUCAGCAUUGCGUAACUUCACACCAAAGUCAUAUGACAUGUAUAAGAAACCCAUGGUUACUGGAAUUAAGUCAUCUCCACAGAGUAAAAGAAGGAGAGUCCACUUGCCAGAACCAGAAAUCUUCACCGACAGAGUUGAAGUUGGUGAUGACACACCUCAAGCAGUCACCCCUAUUCGAAUCACAAAGAGUGAUGACAAGACAAAGUGGCAGGUGAGAGGAACUCUGACUGCAUUUGUUUAUAUCUAUAAAUGUGGCAAGCAGACUUAGAGAGGGGAUGUUGGGACUAAAAUGUACUGGGUUAAUGGUGCAAACUGAAAGACCAACACAAAACUUGGUGGGGGUCACGUUGGUCAUACAAGUGAAGAAUGCCAGAGUUUAGCUCAUACUAUAUAGCGAGCAAUUCACAAUCCUGGGAUCCACUAGCCAAAAAAUAGGCAUUGUUAUUAGAUCUGCCCUGGGAUUUCUACAAGGGUAAUUUUUUUCUCCUACAGACAAACAGAUACACACGCAGACUGAGGUUUAGGUUUGUUACUCAUCAUGUUCAAUUUAAUUUCAUAGGUAGAGAAAAGUACAAAUGCAGCUACUGAAGCAAUGAACUUCCUUGACCCUGACAGGAUAUCAGGAAAUCAGUACGAGCUUGUAAGCAGAGAUGAUGAAAAGCUUUGCCCCAAAAGUGUCCUACGCUGUGAGCAAUGCAGGGUAGCUUUUCAUCAGGCGGACAAGGUUGUCGUCAAAAGUGUUAGAGUGCGGGAACGCACUGAUAAGUCAGGAAAGAUAGUCAAAUAUACCGGUAAUCUUUACCUGCAUUUUCUAACCAAAUGCCUCUCUGAAUAUGACCAGAAAUUCGCCUUUUCUGCUAUAACGGUCCCCACACGCACCCUUACAUUUCUACCUGAAGGAGGAAGGGCAAUACUAGAGGCCAAGGGGUUGUAUGUGGAGAAGUAA